GGGAAAAUAGUGAUAGAUCGGUGGUAGUUAAGUCUUCGGAGAUUCGUACGAAAAACACGUUCAUGUUAGCAUUAACUGCUUAGAUUUUUGAUAAGACUAGCUGACAGGAUGGCAGAGUAUUGGCUUAUUUCAGCUCCCGGUGAUAAAACACCACAACAAACGUAUACAAACCUCAAAGGCAAGAUGACCGGUCUCACCCCGGUCUUCCAACUUCAACUUCCCGAGCUUAAGGUGGGAACCUUGGAUACGCUUGUUGGGCUGUCAGAUGAUCUGGGGAAAUUGGAUGGAUUUGUUGAAAGUGUCACUCGAAAGUUAGCUCACUACAUGGUUGAUGUGUUAGAGGAGCAUCAGGACAGAGUGAGAGAAAAUCUGCUUGCAAAUGGCCAGGACCUGUCAAACUUUGUAACCAAGUUUCAGUGGGAUUCCGCUAAAUAUCCCAUCAAACAGUCACUGAGGAACUUGACAGAAAUCAUCAGCAAGCAAGUGACACAGAUUGAGCAUGACCUGAAGACCAAGGCAUCUGCGUACAACACAAUCAGAGGCACUCUGGCUUCCUUGGAGAGAAAAGCUACGGGAAGCCUUCUCACAAGAAAUCUUGGUGACCUGGUGAAAAAGGAAGAUUUUGUUUUGGACUCUGAAUACCUCACCACUCAGUUAGUGGUUGUCCCAAGGGCCCUGUACAGUGAAUGGCAGAAGGCAUAUUGGAAACUAACAGAUAUGGUUGUUCCGGAAUCAUCACGGUUGGUAUAGGUUACUCUUACCAUGUAAAUCAUUUAUUUGAAAGAAAUCAAUUAUAAAUCAAACUUGAACAUAAAAUGAAAUUUAAAUCAUGAUCAAGUUAUGCCUUCACUAUCCUUGUAGUUAUACUGUUGUUGCAUCAAUUGAUUUUCAUUAUUUUGCCUUCACUGCCCAAGCAAACACUCUCAAAGGUUAUGAGGCAUGGGCACAUUGGUCUGCCAGGACCAAGAUGUUUUUUUGACACAAUAAGGUUCCAGCAAAGUGGAUAAAAGAUACAUCAAAAAAUAUCUUACAUGAUUGUGCCAAAGCUGGACACAUAAACCCAAAAACCUCUUAUGAGGAAAAAUAGGGACUGUGUACCCCCAGCCAAACGCAGUGGCACCACCUUUGGGGUUUUAAGGUUGAUAUAUAAACAACAGAAUGCAAGAUAAAUCAGAUAACG